AUGCGAACACCCUCUGCGAUAUCUGGGAGAAAGCAAACUUAUAAUGAUAAAGGUUUAGGGCACCUUUCCUCCCACGUUGGCUCAAGCAGGCGUGCACGUGAUGGGGAAGUCCGCUUGAUUCAACCUGCUGCGAAAUCGAUUGUGUAUCUGCAUGCCACCCGGCCUUGCCAAACGCCUUGCCAAGACUGGAAGAUCUCUGAAGCUGUACACCGUGGUAACCGGCCAAAGCAUUCCAUCUUGGCCGCCGCCAUCCCGAAGGAUGCUGGCACGCCAACGGCACAACGCAUUGAACAUCGCGCAGCUGCAAUCAGAUGGUCCACGCAAGGCCUGGGCGAGCAGCAAAGGAGCUGGGCAACCAGUACACUCCCGGGAAUCAUUAUGGGCGAACGUGGAUAG